GGGCUGUCCAGAGGGCCGCUGAAGCCGCCACCCCGUAGUGUAAGAGAAGCUUCUCGGCCGCUCGCAAGCUGCCCCGGCUCCGGUUCCCUCUCUGCCAGAGGCUCUGAUCGCCAGUGGACUGUGGGUGCAGGUGGGCAAGCUUGCCUCGGGUGCGGCAGCCAGGAGCCCAGGACCAUGUCCCCGUAAAUGAAGACUGCAGCGCACGCCUGGAGCCCCGACUCCCAGCCAGAGACUCAGCAUCAGACAAGAAAGAAUGAGGAGGCGGCUCCAGGCUCACCGACGCCCAGGGCGGGGAGGGAGGGCAGAAAGGGCCCCGCCUCAAUCCUGAGACGAAGCUCACAGCAGCGCUGUGGCCGUGGGGAUGAGCCGCGGAGGACCACGAGGCACGUGCGGUUCCGAGAGCCCCUGGAGGUGGCCGUCCGCUACAUCGCCUGCAGGGAGCCCACCGCCGCUGCCCAGGCGCCCAGCCGGCCACGGCCCCGCGGCAGCUCCCUGCUUCUGCGGCUGACAACCUGCGUCCUGCUGGCGCUGGUGCUGGGCGUGUGCUGCGGCCAGGCCGGGCCCGUGGCCGGGGCCCUGGAGGACCUCCGGGCCCGGCUCCUCGCCGCCCUCCUGCGCCUGCAGCUGGCUGCCCUGGACUGCUGGCGCUGCCUGCUGCAGCUCUGAUGGCAACGCCCGCCCCCCAGGGCCCAGGGUCAUCCACCAGGAGGUCUUCUUCAAACAAGAAUGUCACCACUGAAACCCGGGCA